AUGUGCACCCGCUAUCCCACCGCAAAUAUCUCCUUCAUCUGCUUCCCCAAUACAAGCUUCCCCUGCCUCUGGGCCCACUGCACCCAAGUCUUCAACACCCCCAUCGAGCUCGACGCCCACCUCCACACCAUCCACCAUACGCAACAAGUCCGCCGCGUCACCGCGCUCAACCGCCACCUCGCCGACGGGCGCCCCGAGCUACGCCACCACCGCUGCCGCUUCGGCACCUGCAGCUCUGGCACCGGCACGCACUUCGCCACCGCCGACGCGCUCUCCGACCACCUGUCCGAGUUCCACGCGGGGAAGAAGCACUACCUGUGUCUGGCGUGCGCGCAGCGGUUCGUGAGCUACUGCGAGAUGGAGGACUGGGGGCAUCAGGGGUGGCAUGUGGCGCUGAUGGUGAGGGGGGGGGAGGUGCAUGUGGCGUGGAGGGUGGCGGUGGAGGAGAGGGGGAGGUGGGUUGUGUGGGAGGGGGAUGGGGCGUAG